AUCCGCGUCUGUUAAAAUCUUGUUCUGGUUUUCUUAGAGUGAGGUCUGUGCCUGCCGACGUGCCUCUACCGUGCAGCCCCCUGAACGAGAGCUGUUUAUGCAAAGAGUCUGGCGUUUUUUAAAAGCGAGAAACAUCUGCAUAAUAGCAGCAAAGUGGAUCAAACCACACAACUGGGCUCAUUUUUGCCUUUUGAAUGAAAGAGAGGGGCAGUAAAAGAAGGAAAAGAAGAAGAAAGAGAAGAGAGGGGCUGCAGGUUUUGGACGGCGAGUGGAUCUGUCAGUGUGAUUUUGGGUAAACCUUUGCAGUGUUCAACUUUUUAUUUCUCCACUAACCUGGCGAGCUCGACCCCUCUCUUGCAACGCGGAGCUGUUUUUUCUCUCUCUCGGAGCGGAGAGACUCGUGCUCCCCCCCACCCGUCUCCGCUCUUCGUAGGAACAGCUUUAACUUUCUAGGUUUAAAAAAAUAAAUAAAACGAUCGAAUUGCAUUUUCCCCUUCAAACAUUUUGGAGGUGAUGUCAUCGAGCUGUGUUUUGGCUGGUAUUGUGUCGAGGAGGCGCAGGGAGAAGUACUGCAGCCAGGCGGCAACCAGCGGCUGAGGGCGGCGGGCAAGUCGGGAAAAUCAGGUGCAAAGUGCGGCUGUCAUUUCCUCCCUGAGUCCGCCACCCAGUCACAGCUGCUCCCAUCCUGUCCAGUUACCCCCUCCCUCCUUAGUCUCGUCCCGUCUGCACACUACUCGGAGCUGGACCGCUCCAGGACAUUAUCGACAUUUGUGACGGACACUGUUGAGUUACUGGAGCGUCAGACCAGCGGAGGCAUCGCGGGGGAGCCGACAUGACCGAAGGCGCCUUGCAUCACCCUGCGCCCGCAGAGCCUCCGUCCCCCACCUGCUGUGUGCGCGAGCAUCCUUCUCACGUAGCCAGGAACCCCCAACAGUUACUGGACCUACUCAGCCGGGACUGAAGCUCAUUUGCUGCUGUCAUCUCGGAACGAAUCCACCGUCUACCGCCUUCUCCAGCGUACUGCACAUUUCCUCUUACGCGCCGGUCGGUUGGAUUACGCGCGCGCAUCGUGGGCCGGGGCUGCUGCAGGGUCACCGGUUUUUCGGAGUUUGACAGUCCCUAAAUCGAUCGCGCAAUUUCACCUGUUCUGUCCUUCGUCGGGAGCGCGAUUUAUCUUUGGCUCACCACUUUGCGCCCCCGCCCACUAUAUCCCCCGGCGUGGACAGCUGUUCGAGGUUGCCCUGCGGUCACAGUGGCACGACUCCUCCAGCCUCAAACACCAGUUUACCCACGGCCGCAGAUUUAUUAUCCACGCUGUGGGAACCGGGCCACGCCAUCGCCGAUGCCAACUGGAGUGGCCGCUCACUCUUUGACUCUGCCUAACAUCCACCGGAUUUCAACCACUGAGGGAAAGUCUCCGGGCUGUCGGACUGGCUCAGGCCGAGCGAGGAGUCUGACUCUGGGCCAAGUUCCAUAGUGGAGGGGGGAAGCGAUGUGGUCCCUUCUUUCCACGCUGACCGUCUUAUGUAUCCAGAUGUUGCUGGUGAUGUGCAAUCCAUUACAGGUGCUCGGUGUGGAUGGGGUCAACUUCAGUGUGCAUGUAGAGAACCAGACACAGGUGCGAGACACCAUGAGUCGACGACACCACCGGGUUUACCAGCUCUACAGUCGCACCAGCGGCAAACAUGUCCAAGUGCUGGGGCGCCGAAUCAGCGCCAGGGGAGAAGAUGGAGACAAAUAUGCCCAGCUCGUAGUGGAGGCAGACACCUUUGGUAGCCAGGUGAGAAUCCGGGGAAAAGAAACCAACUUUUACCUGUGCAUGAACCGCCGGGGCAAGCUGGUAGGAAAGAAGGCCAGUAACAGAAGUGCCGACUGUGUCUUCGUGGAAAAGGUUCUGGAAAACCACUACACGGCUCUGAUGUCAGCACGCUACACAGGCUGGUAUGUGGGUUUCACAAAAAGAGGGCGCCCUCGCCGCGGUCCCCACACGCUCCCCAACCAGCAGGAUGUUCACUUCAUGAAGCGUUUCCCGCCUGGGGAGCAACCUGACUUCACCACACCAUUUCGAUUCACCACCAUCAGCAAGAGAGGCAAGAGGGUGCGUGCUACUGGACCCCGCUAAUGGCAGCUAACACCCAAACUCGAGUUGCUUGCCUAAAAACCUUGACCUGAGCCUGCCAAUGGCUGAACCGGUCAAUCAAAAACCAUUCGCAUUCCACUGAACAACUUGCUUUGUUGGGACAAACAUUGACUAGGAAAUUUGAUGAAUCAUUAAUGGGGUUUAUCUUUUCACCAACCUUUUUGCCACUACAGCCCCAUAGUUUUAGAUCAUUCCUUUUUCCCCCCUUUCUGGGACCAACUGGAUCCUCGGUGGUCCAUCACUGGAAGCGAUAUAGCCUGGUCUACUUCCCUUCACAGACCAGAACUAUUGACAGAAUACCUGAAGGGCAGCCAAAAGAGUCCAAAGUCCAUGGCUCCACAAAGGCCUUUAUUCCAAAACCACAAAAAAAAAUAGAAAAAAAACACGGCCUUUUUACAUCUCCUGCUGUGGACCAGCUGGACAAUAUCUAGAAUGGAAUUACAACUGGCCCAUACAGAGAGAGGACAAGAGUGAGUGGGUGCUCAGUCUAAAGGGAAAAGACUCCAAUGUGGACAAAGGGAUGGAAUGAUCUGCACAGAUCAAGGACCAAUAAUGGACUGAUGACAUGUGACGCACUUAUUCCUCUCACUGCAAGCUUGGUGGGAACCUGUGAGAGUGAUUGAUGGAUGUAUUGAUUCGUGAGGAAACGGGGUGACAGACUCACGUCAUACAUGCAUGCAUGUCUGUAAGAGGAAAAAUGAAGAAAUGAAUGCGCGUUUCUGUGAAUGCAUCAACAAGCAUGAGGAAAGCUAGUUCACGCGGGGACUCUGGAGACUCCAACGACAUGGAGCAACUGGAAUGUAUAGAACAAAUGUACUCAAAACAACCAGCCAACCACAGAACACCAAACCAGUGAGCAACCAAAGACAACCGAGGGCCUUCUUCAGGACUCCACCCUUUUUACCAUGACCACAGAGGACGCAGCACCCUCUGCUCGGAGGUGCAGAGGGGCGAUGAAGAGUACAGAGGGGGAGCACACAAGGGGAGGUGCCUUCUCUUUAAGCAUCACUAUAGAAACGACCCUCAGGGGAUGAUGCUCCUGUGCGAUACCGUGGAUACAGAAUGCUGCUACCAGGACAUUCAAUGGAAUAAACCAAAGUCUCAUGCAUACGCCCAGGAGAACAAAAUAUUAAAGGGAACAAUUUAUUGAAAGCUAUAUAUAUAUUAUAUAUAUAUAAAAAGAAAACAGAAACACUAAAUAAGCAAUCAUUCUACGAUGGUUAGUAUAAUUAUUAUGAUAAAAUUAUUUCAUUUAUUUAUUUCAGCUAUGUGUGCAGCAGUCUUUCUUGACUCAGUAAACCUUACAGAACCA